AUGCCGGAGCCAGCUUCGAUGCUCUUUGGAUUCGGGGUCGAGUAUGCGACCGAAGCUGCCUUGGAAGGGCAUAGUCGCUACAGCUCCAACACCUUUCUCGACCGCGUCAAUGCCCAAUACUUUAACCCGCGCGGACUUGUCUGCCUUGUCGUGACUUGGCAGCCUGGUAUCAGCAACAAUCAGCUCACCGUCAACUUUGAGGGCAACGCAACAGCAUUUCGAUCAGAAACUGGUUUUUCCGAGAGAAUAACAGAUAUUGCAAGACAGAAAACAUCGGCGAAGGAAGGCUGGCAAGGUAUCAAGGACCAGAUGGGGGAGAAGAUGAAGUUGGCGAACGGCAACUUCGAUUGGCCCGAGCCGGCACCGCUUAUCUUCCCCGUCAUUGAUGAUGCCAAUGGAAGUGGAAGCGACACCGGUGGCAAGAAGAAAAAUGCUUUAGACCGAAUGGAGAUCUGGAUGGAAGACAUGUCGGACAAAAGAGCUCAGGCUAAAUGGGUUGAUGAGAAUAGUGACACGCCAGCAGCAAGCCUGAUGCCAAAUCCCGAGUUUCAAUCACGAUAUGCCGACCCUAAUCAUCCCGCUGCCAGUGGCGACAUAGUAGCACUUGUUACUGGAGGUCGCUGGAUGUGCGCAGACAAGAAGCAUGUAAAGGUGCGCAAAGCCGACUCUGAGUCGAAGAAAGAUGAAAACGAAGGGAAACCCCAAAAAGGAGACGACGAGAAGAGGUCAAAAGAACAGAAAAACGACCAAAUGGCUGACAAACAUGAGAAUAGUGAAAGGUUAGGCCAGGAAUCAGACGGCGAGAAACCGCAGAAGUAUGACAUUAAAGCGAAGUUUGACAAAGAAAAAGAUGAUAAGAAAUCCAAGAAAGACAAGGACAAGAAUUCCAAGAAAGACAGAGACAAGAAGUCCAAGAAAGACAGAGACAAGAAGUCCAAGAAAGACAGAGACAAGAAGUCCAAGAAAGACAAAUCGAAGGAGAAGCACACAUCAUCAGGAAAAGACGAGGACUGGCUCAAGAGCUUGUUUCAAAAGGUAACAAGAUUCCUUCAUCUCAUGAUCUUAGACUGCUAA